UUUUGAAACGCGAAUCACGACCCGGAAGUAAAUACACUUCACGUGUUGGUGUGUGUAAAAAUGUCUACCGACGUUGCAGCGAAAAGACCCCAAAGUAUGCCCUCUCAGCCCGCAGAGAAGGUGGACUGGAAGAAAAGGAAAACAGAAAUAAAAGAGGCUCAGAAGCAAACGAAAGAGGCCAAGCUGAUCAAACAGUUGGAAAAGCAGAAAAAGAAAACGGAGUCCGCAGAGAGAGCAAAACAUGAUCAGAGCCAAAGCACAAAAGGUCGGGCUUACACGGUCAGCGUGGCUCUGCCGGGUUCUGUCCUGGAUAACGCUCAGUCCACUGAGCUUCGUACGUACCUGGCCGGGCAGAUCGCCCGAGCCUGUGUCGUGUUCUGUGUCGAUGAGAUCAUCGUGUUUGAUGAAUAUGGGGAAGAUGUCAAGAGCGUUGAAGGAGAAUUUAAAGGUGUUGGGAAGAAAGGACAUGCUUGUAUUCAGCUUGCCAGAAUCCUUCAGUACCUGGAAUGUCCCCAGUAUCUGCGCAAGUGGUUUUUCCCAAAACAUCAAGACUUACAGUACGCAGGUUUGCUCAACCCUUUAGACAGUCCUCACCACAUGAGGAUCGAUGAUGAAUCAGAUUACCGGGAAGGAAUCGUCCUCGACAGGCCGAUCAAACCAGGAAAAGGCUCAUUGGUCAACUGUGGAAUGAGAAAGGAUGUCCGGAUAGAUAAACAGCUGCAGUCUGGACUUCGAGUCACAGUGAAGCUCAAUAAGACACAAAAUCAGGAGAGCAAAAUGUGUAAAGGUGUGGUGGUGGCUCCUCACCUGCCCAGGACUGAAGGAGGUGUUUACUGGGGUUACAGUGUCCGUCUGGCGUCGUGUCUCAGUGCAGUCUUCACUGAGAGUCCAUACGCAGAAGGAUACGAUCUCACCAUUGGCACAUCAGAGAAAGGCGGCAACAUGGACCAAGCAGCCCUGUCACCAUUCAAGCAUCUUUUGGUCGUCUUUGGAGGCCUUCAGGGAUUGGAGGCCAGUGUAGAUACGGACCAACACCUGCAGGUGACUGACCCCAGUGUGUUAUUUGACCUGUACCUCAACACAUGCCCCGGUCAGGGCAGCAGGACCAUUCGUACAGAGGAGGCCAUCUUGGUUUCCAUGGCCGGGCUUAGACAGAAGAUCACCACCGCCUUUUCAGAUGUUUCCAAUGAUUCAUUAAAGAAUUAGUGAUCACAGAAAGUAAACAAAGGCAUGCUGGCAGACAUUUUAUCAUCUAGUAUUCACCAUGAAGUUGUUAAUUUUCCAUAAUUAGACCUUUGUAGCAUUGCUUACAGUUAAAACAGCUGUUAAUACAAACAUCCCAAUCACUGCAUUGUGUGCAGUCACACACUGUCACUAGAUACCUGUCACAUUUCUCUUCAUGUCUUUGUUCUGUAUGUCUGUGUUUGUAAAUGGCUUAACAAAUUGUACAUAUUUAAAUACAAAUACUUUCCACAAGCUUGCACCGACUCGUAUUGUAUUUUUUCAAAGCACAACACGCACAAACAAAUGUCACUGAAUAUUUUCAUCAAUAAACACCAUUUUUUCUGAGAGAGUAGGUCAAACACACGCCCGCGGUAAGAGAAAGUCACCCGUCUGCUUUUAGUACUGAUACAACAGUCCUGCAAUAAUUAAUACUUCAAUGA